UGGAUCCCAAAUUCAAAUUGAAUUGGUUGUUGAUGAUGAGCUUCAUUAUGGAGCACAAGAUCAAAAGGAGGAUAUCUCCGAUGCUGAAGCUUCAAGAGGGAUUGUCGCAAAAGUGCGAGAUUCAUUUGCCUAUAAUUGGGGUUUCUCCAAAAAAUCUAAGAAGUCAUAUGGCCUUUAUUCAUUGUGCUUUCUUCAUGAUCACACGGCUAUUCAUUUGUGCACAUGUUCUCAUACGCUUACCUGGUUACAAUUAAUGUUGCAUACUCCUCCAACCGUGACAUAA